GCUGCCUCUGUGUGUAAAUAUACUUCUUCUCAAUAGUGUACUAACUCACAUUUUGUAAGGUUUGGAUAAAAUGAAAUAAACAAAAAUAUUAUGUGAACAGUGUAUCCGCAGAGAAAUUCGUCAAAUUUUUUUUUCGAUUUGUGUUGUAAUCCUUGGGUGAAUCUGACACUCUUGGUUUCUUACUGGAUACGAAAUGAUUACGGUUCGUUUUCUGACGGUCUUUAAGUGUCCCGUAUUCCAAGUACAUAUUGAUGGUCGGGUAGAAAGUUGAACAGUUCAGUGAUAAUUCCUUCGGUGGUGCAAAUCGAACGCAGUUGGUAGUGAAUAUUAAACCGCACCUGACAUUAUCUGUGUAUUACAUUUUUCCCCGUCAACAUGUUUUAUGUGUAUAUGAUUCUAUGCGAAUGAUGUGAAAAUAAGACGGUACCAGAGUGCUCGUUUCAUUUAAUUUUUUUUUAUCAAAUUAGUUUUUCGAUCACAAAAACUUAUGUAAUGUAUAGUAUGCGGUGUGUAAUUGUACUUUAUCGGUGAAAUCAUUUAAUACUUUUUGUGAAAAACGAAAAUGAUUUAAAAUUUACUGCCACAAAGAGAGGGAGAGUGAGCGACAGAGAGAGAAGGGAAAAAAAGCUGAAUGAGAGUUUCAUCAAAUUAAAAUAUUCACUUUGACAGUCAAUUAAAAAAAGACUUUCUGAAAACCGUUUUUCUACUUCAUAUCAAGCCGAAUCGGAUAAAGAUCUACAAAUGCGAUUGAUGGGCAAUCCCGCAGAUGUAUGCCGAUUCAUACAGUGAAGUUAAUUUCCAUUCCAAAAUCGAAAAAUAAAAUAUGAAAAUCAGAGGUGGCCCCAGCGAUGCAACACUGUCUAACGCUUGUCUGGAAAAUAAGAAAAAUGGCAUUCGUGACCUCAGUAUUUUACAGAAGCCGAUUCAAACGUCCAUAACGGGAUUCAAGGAAGUCGUUAAGGCUUACAAGGACGGAACGGAGGAGAUAAAAUUGCUUCUAUCCAACGAAUGUGAUAUAAUUUACGAAUGCAAAGCGUGCCGUAACAUUUUUCGAAGCUUAGCUAAUUUCAUCAGUCACAAACGUACCUAUUGCACAACCAAUUUCAACUCUUCACAACAUUUCCAUUUCCGUCAAAAUGACCAAGACAUUGCAACCAUCAUUGAGCAUUCGGACGCACAAUCGAAUAGCAAAGAGACCAAGGAACAUGUGCGUGACCUGGGCAGCAUAAUCGAUCGGUUAAUGCGACGCGAACAGACCAGUCAGGUGAUAACGUUGAGUGAUUUGUACGACCAAGCGAGUCAGAAUUUGACACAAGAUGAAGUGAUUAAGAAGAAGCAAAUUCUUCAGUUAGACAAAAUGGUGAAUAGUGAUGUGGCUGUGUAUCAAACGUUGAAAAAGGAAGACGGUGAUAGCAUUAAGAAGGAGGUGAAUGAAAUUCACGAUAUGUUCGAGAAUGUUCAAACGGUUCUAGGACCGGACGGCAAAGUAUCUGGUGGAGGUGGCAAUACUGCUGGUCAAAGUAUAGCCUUGAAAACGGAGUCAAUGCGAUUUUCCUGUAAAAUUUGUUCUCGUAAGUUUAUAACCGAGAAAAUGUUAAAGCUUCACAUCAAAGCUAAGCACAUACCAUCUACAAACGUUUAUCCAUGCAAUGCGUGUCCGCGAACAUUCCUACUGCCAGCAGGAUUGAUCAGACAUCUAAACAAUGACCAUAAGAAACCAAUGCGUCGCAUUCGUCUAAUGCGUGAAGCCAUUUUUAAACGCCGCACCAGAAAGGACGAAGUUCAGUCAAAGGGUCCCAAUCGUGAAUUGUCGCGCUUGCAAAACGGCAACCGUGAACCGACUGCAAGGUCAUGGCAAUCCGACAACAUUGAGAAAAUUAAAGUGUCGUCGAUAUGCAUAUUCUGUGCGAAAUCUUUCGAACGUCGGGCAGCCCUGAUAACACAUACCAAAAAUUGUGCACAACGCGGGAAACAUUCGAUUAGCAACGGUCACGCGAACAACGAGGACGAGGAUGACGAUAAUGUCGACAAAUCGGUUCAGAGCUUUAUGGCAAUGCUGAAGAGGGAGAAGGAAAUCCAGGCCAACGUUCAGAAAUGCAUCGAUGAAGAGGAAGAUCAAUUGAUUGAGGAAAACAGUUCACAUGGCAACGAUUCAUCUGCAGGGCUUGGUUUGGAUGUGAAUAAAAAUGAUUCGGAAGAGGUGACGGUAGUUAAAAAUAAACGCAAGCGUCACAUUGUACAGAAGGUAGACCAGCCCACAGCUGACGAUAUUAUUGGCAACUCAACAUGGCACAUGGAUGACAGUGAUCACGUAAAUGGCAGUGUCGUCGAAAAUGAUGCUGCAAGUGCAAAGCCAUCGGAGAAAAAGAAGAAGAAGAAAAUGAUUUUGGAAAAAACGACCGACUGUACGAUGUGUCCCAAAAAAUUCACCAACAUCAGCAACUUGCGCAGACACGUAGCCAUGUUGCACUAUCGACAGAAAACGUUUGGCUGUAAAUUGUGUGACUACAAAGCAUUUCGAAAGAUUGACAUCAUAAACCAUCUGGGCGUGUGCCACCACAUUGGUGGAGAGCCCGAUGUGUGUUCGGAGCUGGUGGUGAACAUUCAAAUCGAUAGCAAUAAAUUCAACGAUGAGAAAAUCAAGGCAGUUGCUCCUGCCUUAAAUAAAAUCGAACAGGAAUUAUUAAGCCAAAGCAAUGAAACCGACAGAAUCGAUACAGUGGACACUCUGAACGGCUCCGAUAGCGUCGUUCAUCCGAUCAUUUGUAAUGAAACAAUUUCGUCAGGCAGCAACAGCAACAGCCCAGAUAAAUCGACCAAUGCCAGCGAUUCGAAAGAAAAUUCGUCGAGCGAAAAACUGAAAAAACGCGGACGACGCCUCAAAGUCAAACAAUCAAAUGCAACGGAAGGUCGGACAAUUUCUCAAAACUCGUCCAGCGAAUCGUUGCCCGACUGUCAGCCCUCACAAAUGAAUCGACCCGUUCGCAAUCGCGUCAAAAUAAUGAACAAAGACUUCGUCUAUGAUCUCUCCAAUUUACUUCGCAAAGAAGCUGUGGUAUACAAAGAACAAUUGAUUCCGAUUGUCAUCAAAAAUCCCAAACGCAAAUUGUCACAAACGGCCGAACUAUCUUCGUCCAGCCGAGAGAAAGAUGAACCGGUCGAAUUAUUACCGAAGAAAUUGUCACCGGUUGACUGUAUCGCUGGCUCGGCCAAUACAAUGGCACAACAGGCCAUCGACAGUUUUCGAGCUUGUUCGAGUAAACCUCCAGAACUGCCAUCUGAACGACCAAUCGUACCUGCUAAAAUAAUUCAAAUGCGUCGAUCCACGAAUGGCAUACACAAUUGGAACGCUGUACAUAGUGAAGACGGAAGCAAUCGACAGUCGUCUAGUGACAAGCUAUUCGAAGCAUUAGCAAAUAAGAAUCGCUUGUUCGAGGCAAGCACUGUGAUUGGCAAUGGAACGGACAUGGUUCCCGAACAAGCUGCCAUCUCGCCGACGGAUGAAACCGUACCGCCGCUGGCCAUUUCAUCGUGUUUGUCAGAUAAAAGUAGUGACCAGAUGUUUUGCUCCAAUGAAUUGGUGUGCCAGCAGUUAGUCGUUAAUAAUCUAACCGAUCCAAAUAAUGCAUUUCUAGUCUCAACACAAACCGAAUCGCUGCCUACCAACGGUAAUAGCAAACGAAUCACAUUGCUGCAACGAUUGAUGGAAAUCAAUCAGUCAAAGAAGAAGGGGAACUGAAAAGGGUUCCGCGAAGUUUUGUCACACCAUUUUGCCAUUUCUCCCCGAUUUUGCGGGAUAUUUAAAUAAUUUUUUUUUUUUAGAAAGAAACUUAAGAAAAUUACUUUUCGUUAAUUCAAAAAUUGUUAAUUUAAAAUGGAUGAUUAUUUAGUGAAAUAUAAUUCACAAAUUCA